GGUGACAAAGUAUGCUCCCCAGACCAGUCUUUCGGCAGGCUGUCCGCCAUUUCAGCUCGACGCCCAGGGUUUCCGUGCACAUAUCACACAUUGGCAAGGCACCCAUCAACGUUCCUCAAAAUGUUACCCUCACUCCUACAUCCACCGCCGUUACCGUGACGGGUCCGCUCGGCACUACCUCCGUCCCUCUCGAUCCCUUCAUACGGCUUACCUUCCCUCAGCCGAACCUUCUCAAUGUCGCUGUGGAGGACGCAGAGACUAAGAAACAACGCGCUAUGUGGGGGACGACGCGCACUUUGAUCAACAACGCGGUCAUUGGUAUGACCGAGGGCUUCACUGUUCCCUUGUACCUCGUCGGCGUUGGUUACCGCGCGAUACUCGAGGAGGACCCAAGAGGUACGGUGGAUGGUGGCUGCGGGAAGCGACUCAACAUGAAACUCGGACACUGUCACGUCAUUUAUGUCCCGAUACCUGCCCACAUCAAGGCAGAGGUGCCUUCGCCAACAAAGAUUGUGCUUAGCUGCAAUGACAAACAGCGUCUUGGACUGUUUGCUGCCGAGGUGCGCAAGCUCAGGCCUCCAGAACCCUACAAGGGAAAGGGUGUCUUCAUUGGGGACGAGCAAAUCCGAAUAAAGGCGGUCAAGAAGAAAUAGUCGCUUUCUCAUAGACAUUUUAGAUACACAUUCAUAAUUUGCUGUUGCACUAAACAUCAUUUUGCAUGCCUAGACGUGCAGGGCUGUUUGACAUAAAGUUGGGUGCCUAGUCUUGAG